AUGUCCGCCAUGUACCCCCGGCGCAAGCCGCUAGGCGCGGGGGUGCGCUUCGACAACGAUCGCGACGUCCCCUCGCCGAGAGCCGACGGCAGCAACAGCUUACCGAGGGCGAGCGCCGGCGUCGACGCGCAGCCUGACGACGGGGGGGCGCUGACGGGCGGGCAGAAGAAACCGGGGGAGGAAGGCGGAGUGCAAGGGGAGGGCGGUGUGGGGAGAUUGGGGUCGGGGCGGAGCAAGUGGCAGACGGUGCGGCGGUCGCUGAAAGACAUCAAAGAGGCGGAGCGCGAGCUCAAGGACAAGGCGGACACCGCGCGCGGAGGGGCGGCGGCGGACGACGAGGGCGGGAGUGAGGGCGCGGACGACGACGACCUGGAGCGGCUCGCCAAGGACCUCGAAGCGCUGCGCGCCGAGCGCAAGGCGCGGCAGCAGCAGCAGAAGCAGCAGCGCGCGACGAUCCAGAUAGGCAGCGCGGGGGGAGCGCCGCAGUCGGCGGUGCACGUGGACAUGCCGGGCGGCGCGCGGCAGCGCAAGAUGGUGCGGCAGAGUGUGAUCAUGUGCAUGGACCCCAUGUGCAACCGCUGCCCGCCCGAGAUGCACCUCCACAUGCGCAAAAUGAUGGCCGCCGCCGCGCCCGGGGCCAGCGCGGCGGUGACGCCAGUGGCGAAGGACUACUCGGCGAUGGACUGGAUGCUGGACGACGACGGGGAUGAGGACGGCGACGGCGAGGAGGAGCUGCUCGUCACACUGCGCUGCUGCGGCCUCCGAUUCACCUACCGGCGGCGGCGCUUCCUGCUGCGGCGGUUCCUGGCGGAGCUGUGGCCGCCGCCGCUGCUGCAUCCGCACAGCUACUACGUGAAGCUGUGGGUGAAGCUGCAGUUCGGCUCCAUGCUCGCCGCCUUCCUGCUCGACCCCUUCUUCCUCCUCGUCCUCUCCGUCUCCCAGGAGAACAUGUGUGUGUACACGAGGUGGACCUUCGCCUACUGUCUCGUCGGCAUUCGCACCUUCCUUGACUUCCUCACGCUCCUCAACAUGCUCGUGCAUACGCGCAUGAUGUUCAACGCGACGCACGACCAUGUGAAGGAGGGCAACAUACGCAACUCCAGUGGCGACCCCGUGAAGCUGGGCGACCUGGUGGUGGACGGCCGCGCCAUCCUCUUCAACUACCUCCGCACGCUCUUCCUCGCUGACCUCCUCGCCCUCAUCCCCCUCCCCCAGAUAAUCACGGUGGCGGUGCUGCCGCUCUCACCGGACGUGAACGUGUCGCAGACGUGGCAGGUGGCGGUGCGCAUCAGCGUGCUGCUGCAGUUUGUGCCGCGCCUGGCGCGCAUGUACCCCAUGCUGUCGGGCCAGGGCAGCCACUCCGUGCUCUUUGAGACCGCCUGGGCGUCCUUUCUGCUCAACCUCGUCGCCUUCUUCAUGGGCUCCAACGUGGUCGGCACGCUGUGGUACCUGCUCACCAUGCAGCGCACCGCCACCUGCCUCGUCAACUCCUGCCUGCCCGACUCCUCGCCGCCGUGCAACCAGGCCUUCCUCAGCUGCCCAGGGGAGGGCACGGCGGGGUACAGCGACUGGCUGGCGGGCAGCAGUGACAUGUACGACACGUGUCUGAGCAGCAGUGGCAUCAGCAGCGACUUCUACGGCAUGUACACCACGGGCGUGCGCGUCGUGCAGCUCGGCUCCUUCUUCUCCACCUGGCUCUACUCCCUCAUGUGGGGCUUCCAGCAAAUCAGUACGCUGGCGGGCAAUCUAGUGCCAACCACGGAGGUGGGCGAGGUGGUGUUCAUGCUGCUCAUCAUCGCACUCGGGCUCUUCUUGUUCGCCUUCCUCAUCGGCAACAUGCAGAACUUCCUGCAGUCCCUCAGCCGCAGGUCGUUUGAGCACCGGCUGCAUCUGAGGGACUUGGAGCAGUGGAUGUCGCAGCGAGACAUUCCCCGCGAGCUGCAGAGGCGGGUGCGGGACUUGGAGCGGUACGUGUGGACGGUGAACCAGGGCGUGGACGAGGAGGAGGUCAUGACGUCACUGUCGGAGGACAUUCAGAGGGACGUGCGCCGCCACCUCUCCUACGAGCUCAUCACCCAGCACUGUGUGCUGCUCAAGGGCAUGCCGGAGCAGGUGCUGGACGCCAUCUGCGAGCGGCUGAAGCAGCGCCUGUACAUCGACGGCACGGUGGUGCUGCGCGAGGGCUCGCCCGUGUCGCGCAUGUUCUUCGUGCUGCGCGGCACGCUGCAGAGCUCCACCACCAAUGGCGGGCGCACGGGGUUCUACGAGGAGGUGCUGCUGGGGAAGGGCGAGUUUGUGGGCGAGGAGCUGCUGGUCUACUUCAUUGAGAAGUACGCCGAGGUCUCCAAGAAACAAAGCUCCCGCCGCUCCCUUCGCCGCGAUGUGAAGGUGGGGUCGGCGGUGAUGCCGGAGAUGCUGCCCAAGUCGGAGCGCACCUUCUGCUGCAUCGGCCCCGUCGAGGGCUUCUCACUGGAAGCAGCCGACAUUGACUUCGUGUGCACUCAGUUCUUCACCGUCAUGCAGUCCGACCAAGUGCAGCACGCCCUCAACCUGUGCUCGUUGAACCGGCGCAUGCGGGCAGCCACGACCAUCCAGGUGUGGUACCGGUCGGUGCUGCGGCGCCGCCUCAAGCUGCCCAUCGACGUGAUGCGGCAGGCCAUCCGCACCAAGCGCAUCGGCGCGCUCCUGCGCUCCCUGCGCGCCCAGGCCUCCAACGAGGCCGGUUCCGGCACGCAUCCCCGCGGGGGGGACGGGUCGGUGGGAAAAGGCUCGGGCAGCGAGCACGGGUCGGCGGAGCACGGGCCUGGCAGGGGCAAGCAGGCAAGCCCAGACAAAAGGAUUAGCAGUGGCAAGGGGGGGCGCGUGGUGUUUGAGCCCAAGGAUAAGGAGAAGGGGAGUGCGAAACGGGGUAAGGUGUACCGUGCACUGAGGUCGCUGGGCGGGGGAGGCAGGACUUCAGAGAGCCAAGGCGGCGAGGAGGAGGAGGAGGGCGGUGAGAAGAAAGAAGCCACAGCUGUAGAAGCAGCAGGAGACGAAGGUGAGAAUCAAGUGGCUGAGGAAAAUGUUGGAGGUGGUGAUGCAAACAGCAAAUAG